GAUAUGUUACCUUUCCGUAAGUAUUAAGCACAUUCUUUUCUUUCCAUUUCUUAUCAUAGACAAUUCAGAACAACUACAUCAGUCAUUUUAAAGUUUACAAAAUCUUAACUUUGCAAUUCUUUUCAUUCGUUCGUUGUCUUUUCCGAAAAUUCCGUGAAGGUCACAAAAACAUACGUAUCUGCCCCAUGGCGAGCGCAUAAACUAUUUCUAUCUAUUAAACAUGCCGGAGUUCAAUGCAUUCAAAGAUGAAGAGAUCAAAGAGACCGAACAUCAUAACCAUUUAGGCCAUCUAGGACAUCAUGAUGGAGGAUCAAAUACACAAUUAGAGAAUGAAGAAAUGCGGAAUGCACAAGAUGUGCUGGACACCAACACGCCACCUCAGCCGCCAGAAUCAUCAACGCACAAUCUUCAAACACCGAGUCAAAUUUCAUCACCUUCACAAACAUUCGGGAUAAGAGAACCAUUACCUCCUUUACAUACACCACAUCGGAGGAGGAAAACGAUAUUAUGGGUUGGACUUAUCCUCGUGACGCUUGACCUUGCUUGCCUUCCAAUUACAUAUUACUAUGCAUUGAGUUUUGGCACAGGGCUGAAGUUACAAGAUAGUAAGCCCUUAUUCAUUAUUUCUACCCAUCGUUUCACCAGUUUUAAUCAUAUACACUUAGUCUUCGCUAUUAUAACAAGUGUAUAUGGAAUGAUUAGUUUCUCCCAUUACGCUUUUCGAUCGCUGAAACUCUUUCGCGCGAAAACAGCGACAAGAUGGAGACCAGUAGGAUGGACUAAAUGGGGAAUGGUAAGCUAUUGGAGUCAAUCAAUGGUUUGAAUUCGUCGCUAAUAAAUUUUCAGCUUGAGUUCCUCCAUAUCAACUUCAUGAUUGCCAUUACCUUCGUAGAAAUAGAACUAAUAAUAGGAACCAUUCCGUCCCACCCAUGGGUGCGCUUAUGCGCUAUGCCUUCCCCUACGAUAUGCUACUGGUUCGGAUUCAUGUUUUUAUACUCUGCGAUUCAAACAAUGCGAAAAAAGACACUGCCGUUCAACAUGUCGUCGACAGCGAAGGGGACGACAUGGCGACCUGCAAUAUUAGCCAUCAUCGAAGAUGCCGGCGGAGUAGAAGGUCAAGGAGGAGUCGUAUAUCGAAGCAACGUAAUGAGGAGAUACGAAGUCAGUCCGAUAUUCCGACGGAUGAUGAUGGUCCUAACCUGGUUUUGGGGCAUUGGUCUCGUCUGCAUUGCCAUCAUUUCAACAGUCAUCAUAAUGACGUUACCCGAAAAUAUCGGUUUCGGAGUCGGGUGGGGAUUGCCAUAUAUUUUCGGUUUCGUUUGGGUUUGCCUCACGAUGGUAUUUGUGAAGAUGCAACUGCGGAAGGAAAAGAGCCAUUGGGAGACGAAAGAUUCUAGCGAGGGGCAGGCGGUUGCGGAAUAUGCUUGAGCGAGCGAGAAACAUUUGUAUAUUUAUUGUUAGAUACCAUGAUGCAUUCAUAGAACAUUUUUUUUAGGCAUCUUUCAUCCUCUCAUCCAUCCUUCAUCUGUCUUGUAAUAUUAUCUCACUCCCAGUGAAGGGAAUGCCCCAAGCUCUUAAAACGCCAACCUUUAUUCACGAGAUUCUCGUCCCGU